CUCGUUUGGUGCUGCAUGCGUCGCCGGGGGUUUGUUGGAUAUUCGCAUGAACGAAAGGCGUUCGCAGGGCUGUAUCUGAACAAUGGCUGCGUGGAGUAGCCAUCGCACUUAUCUGUAGACACUUCAGAAACUGCGUGUGGGUUGCCGUGGCAGUGUGUGUUGCUCUUGAAGUGAAAUAUGUGCUGAAAUUUCCACGCAGGCCAAUAGAAAAAGUAUGGUAUGGACUAUACUAAAUACACCUCCAUCUAAGGGGGACCGAGGAUGAAAGGCUGAAGUUUCGGCAAACGACGUUGGGGAAGAAGGGGCCGGCGAGAUAGGAAUUCACCGCUUUAAUAUAGUGCUAUACGGUACUUAUUGUUUUUCUUCUUGGACAGCGAAAAAACUAACACGUUCAUCUCGUCUCGUUUUGUUGAACAAGUGCUGGCUUUUCGUGUCGAGUUACCCUGUGACUGGUGCAUCAUUAACAAGAAGAACCGCCAAAAGUGCACAAGCAUUGGAAAAAAGUGGUUUACUCUCGGUUGUAUCAACGUCCUGGGAACAUACGACCGGGGCUAGCGGUAGCAGACGGAGGACGGUCACCGCGCCAGUUCCGGAAGGCGUUGUUCUUAACUUCCGGUGCGGCGCGCGCAUCCGGAGACCGGCUGCAGCGAGCGGCAUCUGCGCCGGCGGCUGCAGAACCGAUAGGCGAGGGCAGGUCUCGAGCUUUUUUUGCCACGUCGUCUGGAAGGGUUCGCCCGCUUGGAGCAGCGCAACACCCCAUAGACAGAUGAGUGAACGGAGAGGAAUCUAGCGACCGACCUCGGGGGCCAAAAGAGCGAGGUAUCGCCAGCCACAGCUGCCGCCGCCGCCAUGUCGGUUACCCGGCGCUGCCAACUCCUGCUUCAGGCGGUUCUUGUAGCGGCUGUCGUCCUCUGUGAAGCUGCACCACCGGGAAACCCGGCGAAGGAUGUGCAUGCCAAAAUCUCCACCACACCGGGCACCGCCCUGAUGGUUCUUCCGUCUGAAGCUCCGUCACUGCCCAUAGGCGGAGCCAACACCACGUCAACCAAUGAAACAAGGCAAGGAGCUCAUAACGAGACUACUCCAUUGCCGGGCAACGUCACUGCGCAGACAAACCUUACCAACACGACAGAACACGGAGGAGACGCCGUGCUCCACUACGGUGUGGACAAUAAUAGCGAAGUCGUGAAGAAACCGCAGACUCACAAGUACUUCUUCACUUCCUGGAUAACAUGGCGGGAGGACAACUAUCUGAUGAGUAUCCUCAUCCCGAUUGCGUGCGGAGUGGCUGCCGCCGUGCUCAUCCUGUGCUCACUGGCCUGCAUCGGCUGCUGUCGGCGACGGUGUCGAUCGCGCAAUCGCCGCAAGCUGCACCGCAAGAUCGAUCCGAAAACUUUCCGGAAAAUGAAGGCGGCGGACAGAAUCAAGCUCUUAGCUGCAAGUUCGGACGAAGAGUUUUGAUCUGGAACCUGAGCCUUUCCUCUUCACUGGGGAAAUGUGAUUGCUUGAACGCAACAGAUGGGCAGUCGAGUGUGCGACGCCACCAGGACUCCAAUUUGCUGGAUUGGUUCAUUGAACAUUGCGUCAUGUUCGCUCAUUGUUUGAUAAUUUUCGAAAUUGCAAUAUUGCAAAGGCACGUGCUUCUCAAUGUUUCCGCGUCGGCGACAAACCUCUCUAGCAGUCUUAGCUCUCUUUCAAAUUGCAAUUUCCUAGCUGUGAUAUGUAUCCAGCGUUCUGUCCAUUUUAAGCCACCGAGAGCUUUCCAAAAAUAUUAAACUGUACUGUGCCAAUAAGGCAGUUUCAUUGAUGUUAUUGUAGUGUCUGCGAAAGCAUUGAGCUGUCUUUUUCUUGUGCGUUUUCAGCUUAGUACUGUGAUCUGAGAGCAUUAGGCAGUAGCUGUUCUUUUUAGAAUGAUUGAAGAAAUGUUCCACUGAGAAGCUCUGAGGUGCAAUUAUGAUUCAAAAGAAAACCUGAAUUUCUUAAUUGCUAGAGGCCGAAAGUUUUUGUGAAGUAGAUGGUGCUGAUAGUUCCUUAGAUUCCUUAUUUGCCGAGCUUGUAACUGAAGAAAGACGCUCCCAGUAAGGUAUUAUUACCGAGUGCUUCUUCGUGCCUAUGCGUGUAGUGAUUUAAACUGGAAAUGCUUACCUCACCAAUUCAUAGGAACAUCUGGAAGCGCGUUAUAUGUUCCAGCCAGCAUUUAUCAAGUGAGUUUGGCAGCAAAAAUUCAAAAGGACUUGGCGUCUGCCACGAAGGAGUACUCUCAAUGCUUCAAAUAUUUUCUAGCUGAGAGUCAGCAUGUAAAUAUAAACUAAAUACUUCAUAUAAAUACGGCACCGAAUGAAGUUACAAUAGAAAGUUAUGCCUCUUGCAUGCAAGUUCAAGUAUCUCUUGCGCACAGUGCCACCUAAGCACAAGCUUUCACUCUUCGCUCACCGCUUCAGCUGUAAAUACGUGAGCCCGCAAUACGGCGCAUAUAGUACGCUUUGCGGAGUCGCGUCGGCGCUUCCCGUGGAUGGUGCGCCCGGCGGCCAUCAAGAGUACAUCCGGCCAUUGAGACUGCGAGACGAACGAGUUUUGCGUGCGCUGCGUUAAUUUCUUACCAAGUAUUUUUUUUUGUUGUUUAUUGCGUGACAUAACGCACACUGGAAGCUUCAGCCCCCAUGGCAAACACGAGUACCAAUGGUCUUAUUAUAAGCCCACCAUCGCGAGAAAAAUCUCGGUCUCAUGACGGAUGUUUGGGCCACGCACAUGAUGUGCUGGGCUUCACACGACAGGCUUCCAGAGGCAGCGCGAGCAUGGAUUAGACUUUUUUAUAACAAGCGAAAGUUAGGCCUAAAGUACGUCCGGUCAACAGCGCUAACUUUCUAUACGAAAGGUAAGCGCCGAAAUCCAGGCACGUGUGUGUACAUAAGGGUUAACGCGGCUCUUCGCAAUCAUUAAAGUCACCGCGUUAUUUAAAUAAGCGACAUACCGUCACCUCUUUGAAGCGCGGUACCUAGAAUUAAGACCUUGCUGAUAUUAAUUAGUCACGAACAAUCUCGCCUCUUUCUGCACCAAUGUUUACGUGCUUCUUCCAGUUUUGGUUCUGAAACUUGCAUUGUCUGUGACACGAACCAACUUUGCAUGGCCCGGCAAAUAUGGUCUAGCUGACAAUCUAGUACGUCAUUCACACGCGGCAGCGUGUUUCGAAGCAAGGAUCCCGGGAAACCAUUAAAAACAUUUGCAUCCGAAAAGCGAGUGUCAUGCACCAAUUCACGGUGCCACCCGUCACCCUGAAGAGAGUAUAGUUUGAUGGCUGUUAAGGGAAAUCGCAGAAGUUGCAAAGCCCAUGUAUGUAGCUUGGAUAUUCUUAAAUACCUUGAAAUACAGCGUAUCCUCAUCGUGUGUAGUUGUUCAAAAAUCGCUGAUGGGCAGGUUUGCGGAGCUGUCUUUUCCUGUACGAUUUUCUUUCUUUGUCUCUCUCAUUAUUUUUCCAAUACCACAUAAACAACUCCGUUCCGGGCUCUAAACGUCACUAGUUUAUUAGUUCAGUGACAUUAAUAACGAAAUGUCAAGAUCCGUGUUGUGCAUUACGUGCUGUCAAGAUGACGUGUUGUUCAUUACAUGCUGUAGAGUAGUGACUAAGUUUGAAAAGCAGCAGCGCGCUUUCUCAUUUCAUGAGCCGCUGUGUUUCACGAAGCAGAGUUGUCAUGGUUACCAACAACUCUCUUUCAUGCAUAAAAAUAUUUUUUCCCCAUUUUUACGUGUACUGCUUUCGACUUCGCUCAGUUCGUGAGAUUAUUACUUUCUUGGCAGCCUUCUUCCGCGUGUGCUCUUUUGUGAAUCUUGUUUGUAUUCAUAUUAAUAUGGUUGCUGUAAAUGUCAAACCAUGUUCCUUACUUUCUUUUCUUGAGUGAAUAAAUAGGCGUGCGCAGGGUUCCCCAUCAGGGGGUGGGGGGUGGGCGAAGGUUCAUCGGCACGCGCCCCUUAUUGAGCCAUUGUAUGGGGCAGAUUUUGCCCCGCCCCCUCAUAGGUGACUACGGGGGGGGGGGGGGGCACUCCCCGUGCGCACGCCUAUGGUGAAUAGUAUGCUUUAGUGCACGCUAUGCCUGCUUUAAGUCUUCGUUUUUUUUUUCGUUACGCGUGAAAGGAUAGCGACCUUUGCUCACGAUGAUGUAAGAUAUUUCAAAAUUUGACUAGACACCUCUCAUAGUUAUCGAGGUGGCAAAUGCGGAUGAGAUUUUCUAGUCAUAAUCUUUUCCUGCACUCAGUAUAUUGAGACGUUCUUUCGCGUGACCCUUUCGUUGUGUGCUUCACCGCUGUCUUCCUUUAGCUUCGGCGCUUGUGGACUUCUUUGAGUGGAUGCAUGCUUAUAUUUCCUUUUUGUGUGUGUAUGUAAAUACUUCGACUUGUAUACCUUUUGUAGACUAAAGUGGUGUUCCAAUAGUGGUGGCCGAUUGCGCAAUGCACAUAUCUUUUCGCUACGUACGUUGUUCCAAAAAAUAAAGCAUCCGUUUGAUGAAAACAGCA